AUGGGUACCUUAAAACGGCCAGGGACUACAAGAUGGGGGUCUCAUUUUAGUUCUAUCUAUAGCUUAUUCACAGAAUAUGAAGACAUUUGCUCUGUCCUAAUUGAUGUUAUCAAUUAUGGAAAUACAUCAACUCAAAGAAGUGAAGCUGACAGAAUUUACGAUUUCAUGACAUUCUUUGAUUUUGUUCUUGUUAUGCAUAUGAUGAGGGACAUUUUAGGAUUUGCACAAGUACUUUCUCAAGCUUUACAAUGCAAAUCUCAAGAUAUUUUGAAUGCCCUUAAAUUGGUUUCAGUAACAAAGGAUCGACUUCAAAGUUACAGAGAUAAUGGAUGGAAUGAAUUGUUCACCAAUGUAAAGACAUUUUGUGAUGCACGAAAUAUAGAGAUGCCUGAUAUGAAUGUCAUUUAUAAAGCAGGUCGAGAAAGAAUUCGAAAACAAAAUGAUCCAAUUACCAUGGAGCAUCACUACAAGAUUGAUGUGUUUUUGGCAACGGUUGAUUCUCAAAUACUUGAAAUGAAGAAUAGGUUUAAAGAAGAUGUAAUAGAGUUGCUUAUUCUUAGUUCAGCAUUGCACCCCAAAGAUAAUUUUCAGGCUUUCAAUAUUGAACAAAUUUGUCAACUUGCAAACAAGUUUUAUUCAGCUGACUUCACAGAUCAAGAGAAGUUACACUUAAGAACUCAAUUAGAGCUUUUCCAGAUUGAGUUUUCCUGUAAUUCUCAACUUCAAAAUUUGUCAUCACUUCAGGAGUUGUGCCAAGUGUUAGCGAAGACAAGAAAGUCAAUGUGCUAUACUCUUAUUGAUAGAUUGGUUCAUCUUAUUUUGACUCUUCCUGUUUCAACAGCUACAACAGAGCGUGCAUUUUCUGCUAUGAAAAUCAUCAAGACUUGUUGCGUUCUAGGAUGGAGGAAGACUUUCUUGCCAACUCUAUGA